AUGUCAAAUACUCCCAUGAGCCUUGGACGAUUACUCCCCCAGGAAUCAUUGUCCCGUAGACGCACUCGUGGACCAAGGCAGCAGUCCCUCACAGCUCUUAGCCCUCAGGAAGGAUUUGAGGACCGAACAAACCGACGCCCAAACUCGGUAGACAUUGGACUAGCCAUUGAUGGCAAAAUCGUGGUUGAUCUCGAUGGAUGGCUAGACUGUGAUGAACGUCUCCUCACAGACCCGCGGCAGUUAUCACACUGUACCCCAGAUGCCUUCUUGCUGUUAGGAGGGACGCCUUCGUCGCCAAUUGGAAGAUAUUCCGACUCAUUUCACCUCUUGCGCCGCCAUCAUGCAAAAACAGGGCUCUCUACCUUUACAUAUCGCAUAGUAACCGAUAUUUCCACACCCCGUCAUCUUUCUGGUUAUUGGGCUGGUCGGGGUACCACGACCAGGGAUCCAAACAGUGAUUUUAUCAAGCAGAGACGCCGAAUACAGCGAAUUGCGCUUGGCGAGAACAGUCUAGUUUUCAGCUCUGAAAAUUUCUUCUCUGUCGAUCUUCCUCUCAACAGUAGCAACUCUGUUGAAGAUUGCUCCGCAAAUUGGUAAGGCUUUAGGGAACAUAUGCCAAAU